AUGCCCCGCCGGCGCGCCCCAUCGCAUCCCGACGUCCUCGCGCUUGCGGCGCGCGCCAGCCACGGUGCGGACGCGCCUCUCAAGGACCAGCUUCUCCGGCGGGUGACAUCCUCUGUGGCGGUGCCAUCGCAGCAAUCCUCCAUGUGCCGAGACGACAGGCCACGCAACCAGGCGCCCGAGAACCUCGACAUCAUAGACUCGGCGGACAAGCUCCUCGCCUACAUGCUGCACGUGAUCGACUCGCGCGGCCGGGUCGAGCCCCGGGCCAUUUGCAUCCAAGAACCACUGACGCUGCAAGACGCGGUGUUUGCGCCUCGGCGCAAGCCCAUCGAAGUGCUGUAUCUGACGUACAACCCGCACCCGCCGUGCCACUUUCGCAACGUCUACUGGCUCGUGCGGGCGCCCAAGGACAUGGACCUCCGCGACGAGUACUUUACGCUCACAUCGUAUGGCCUCACGCGCGUCUUGGGCCUCGAGUCGGAGCUCUUUGACCUCGAGGCGUGGUUGCGGGAGAAGGCCAUUUUCGACAAGAUCGUUCAAAUGCAGUGCAUUCACCAAAUGCGCAAAAUGACGGUCUUCCAUACGUGGAAGCACAACACGAUCGGUCUGCGCAUCGCCCACGCCAAGAAGCAGCUGGGCGAGGCGCUCCUCGCGUGUCACCCGAUCGCAGGUCCCUUCCUGCUCACGGUGCAGCGACUCGUGUUAGACAUGAUCCACGCCCUCUCGAGCGACAUUGUGCCCCGGGGCAACCCGCAGCCGGUCCAAGCGUUGUCCAACAAUCGCGUACCGACGGAGGCGACCCGCGCACAGAUAGCGUCCACCGUCACGCAUAUCCAAGCGCUAUUGCUCGACGCACUCCACCGACUCCGCGCCGGGCCCAAUCCCGACGUGACCACCGUGCGCUACGGCCGUCUCUUGGCCAACGCCGACGUCCUUCCCGUCUUGAUCCGCACCGUGGACUUUAUGCUUCUUGGCGCGUACUUUGGCGGCAUCAUGACGGCCCUCGAGCGCCUCAACGUGUCGGUGACUGGCUCGAUUGUGUCGGCCCUCGAAGCACGCGGCUCGAGCACAGUCGGCGUAGCAGGCACGAGCGGGGCCCGUGACCGGUACUUGCACAUGGACCAGCUCCUAGAGAUGCCGACCGAGCACAGCGGGUCGAUCGCGUACAAGCGGCUUUUUCACUUGCACGGCGACGCGCUCCCCGACCCGCUCUUCUUUGUUGAAAUGACUGUCGGGGAUGCCGUGAUCAUUUCGCCGACCAAGGACGUGACUGUUCGCCACGUGUACGAAGCCAUAGCGUUCGCGAUCGAGUGCGUCGACGCCUUCCCGCGCGUCGUCAACGCCGAGCGGGUCCGGGCGUUUGUCCACGAUCACUGCCGCCCGUUUUAUAGGCACUGCUUUGGGCAGCACCUCUUGCCCGCGUCCGCCACGCUGCGCAACCACAGCGUUGUCGAGCGCAUCAUGAAGGGUCUGCGAGCUGCCACCGACAUUUACUAUGUCGAAAUGGAGGAGCUUGCGCAGGCGAGUCGGCUUGUACACGUCGAGUUUGCUCGGCUCCAAGAUCAACUCGCAGUGACCACCCGAGACGAGACGGAGCUCGAGUCAAACGUGCUGAAUGCUAUGCCCGAGAGCAACACGAGCGAUGACCUGGUCGCGUUCGUUGAAGCCCUCGAGAUGACGCUGCAGUUCCAGGCCGACUUGCGCAUGGUCGACAGCUUGCUCCAGAUCGGCCCGUUUCUCGUCAACCGAAGCGCGUUUAUCGGCAGCAGCUUGGACGCGUGCUCGGCGAUGCUACGUCGGCUCUUCGACCUCGCGCCUGUUCGUUGCAACUGCUACUACCAGGCAUCGCAUGCGUCGUACGUCGGCCACACCAAGCUGCUCUCGUCGAUCCCCGACUCGCUCGCUGAGUCGGUGGCGUGGCUGGAAACCUUCUUGAUGUUGCGCACGGAUUUGCCCGACGACGCCGAAGACGGCGACCAUCCUGCCGCGCGCCUCCAGUCGCUCCUGCAAGCGAGUGAUGUAUCGUGCGACAGCAUCGACUACGAGACCAAGUGCGCCCUCGUGGGCAAGACCAAGACGGACCAAGUCAAGUGGCGCGUCGCGACAAAGUCGCUGCACGAGUGCAUCAGUCGUAUCGAGACCAAUAGCUCGUUUUACAUGGAGAUCCUCACGCGCACCAUCGCUGUGCGCCAAGAGACACUCUUCUCGGAGAUGCAAAUGCUCUGGACGAUGCUCGAGAUCGAGUGGCAAGCGAUCCAAGCCGAAGACGCGGCGACGGAGGCUGUACCGACCGGCUUUUACGGCCGCGCCAAGGCCGUGCCCGACCUCGUGUCACAAACCAAGCUGCUCUUGCAUACGGACGCCGAGCUGCGUCGAAUUGUUGGACGCUUGGAAUACUUUGAUCCGGCGCACGCCGGCUUGUGCCAGCGCCCGUCCAAGACCGCCAAGCAGCGCGCCUGGCUGCAAGGACUUCUCAUUCUCCACGACAACAUCCAGCGCUUGAUCGACCUCAAGACACGGGUCGCCAGCGAGCCGUUGAACGUACUGGACAUGACGGCGCUUGCACACACCUUGGAAGCUAUCUCGUGGCAGAUUCAUCCUCUCGGAACGGUUUUAGGACCUUCGCAGCCGCUCCUACUGCGAUUCCAGCGCCACUUUGCCGCCAUGGAGCUCGCCAUCGCGACGGCGGAGCGCAUGCUUUCGUUCAAGCCCGACACAUGGCGUUCGAUCGCGUCAACGCCCGAUGCAUGCACGCUGAGCCAGCUCGACGAGUGGCUCGCGACGCCGACAAAGAAGGCCGAGCUCGACGCGCUCUGUAGCGAAUGCGUGCUCCAGCUCUCGGUGCACGCGACGUGGAGGACCGUGUCGGACCAGUUGCGACGCCUCACGCUGACGCUGACGCCGAUGCAUCGACUCGUUUUCGUCACCAACGUGCACGACCUCAUUGCUGCGUGUGAAGACGCGCAGCUCUCGCUGCUGACCAUUCAGCACCGCGGCAACCCCGCGCUUAGUGAGUUGCAGGCGACACAAGCAUCCCUGGCGCGGGCUCUCGACGUUCUCUACAACUUGGACCGCCUGCAAGAGGCAUGGCACGCCACAGGUGUUCUCGUCGACCUCCCGGAAGCGCGCAAGGUGUGUGAUGCAACGUUCGAUGCAGCGCUCCAAACGCUCGACGUCGUGAGCUCCCAGUGGCGCGACAGAGUCAUGGGCCUCUCGCGCACGCUAGAGCUGCAGAACCAAGGUCCAACAUUAGAGAAGCUGCGAGCUGCCUUUGACGGAUUUGACUUUAACGCAAGCAUCGCCGCAUGCGACGCCCUGGGUGCCGCCAUGGCCGCGACGUAUGCCUCGAUGCGGUCUGAAGUCCCGCGGCUCUGCUUUCUCUCGGACGCCGAUCUCUGGGCACUUGUGACGCGCAAGGCGUCACCGGACGCUGUCCGCGACAUCGUUGUGCGCUGUUUUGAUGGUGUUGCCGACGUUGACGUUGUCGUGGAGGCCACGACCAUUGUCUCGGACGACGCGAUGACGAGCCACUCGUUUACCCAGUGGAUGCUGGCAGGACACGCCGUGACGCUUCUCGAAGCCGUCGUCUACCUCGACGGCAUUCGACUGCAGCUGCCCCAGCCGUUCCGAGUCGUCGGUAGUCUCGUCUUUUGGCUUUCACGCCUCGACACGGACCUGCGCCGGGUGAUGCUGACGCUCCUCGGAGAGGCCCAGGGGGCCAUCACCUACGACGCGUCCAAUUCUGCGCUUUGCGAAUGGCUCUCGACCUACUCGUUGCCAAUCGUGCUCGCGUAUCUGCACAAGAGCUUUUGCAUCUCGGUGCACUGCGUCCUGCACGCGAAGAGCGCGGCUGUCGCGGCCAAACACGUCCAGCUCACGACCACCACGUCGACACACGCAACGCACUUUCUGCGCCUCGUCGCCUCACUCCGGCACCCGCGGCCCAUGAGCACGGUCCUGAAGCUCGAAGCGGUCGUCUUGCUACUCAAGUACGAACUCGAGACGCUCGAGGCGAUGACGCAGGUGGCGUCGACGCGCGAGUGGGCCGAUGUCACCAAUGCCUUCCACUCUGCAUUACGAUUCGAGUCCCCGCGCGAGAACGACAGCAGCCACUUGGUCGCAGCCAUGGGCCAUGUCACAAUGGCAUGUGACGUGCACGUUGACGUCCACGCGCCACUGCUCUUUCUGACGCCACCGACCACACGGUGUGCGUAUGCCUUGUUGCACGUUCUGCAGCUCAACCUCUGCGUCGUGCCGUUCGCGCAGCACGGGUCUGGGAAGCGCACGCUCUUGCGCAGUCUCGGUAGCUUUCUCAUGCGGUACUUUGUUCUUUUUCAAGCGAGCGAGGCAACAUCGCACCGCGUCCUUAACCAUUGGCUCGCGGGCGUCGACGCGCUCCGCGCGUGGGUGUGCGUCACCGACGUCUUUGCGUUGCCGCUCUCCGUGCUGCGGGUGUUUUUCGCUGAUGUUUUGCAGCUCCAGCAUGUCCGGUUUGGCCCUACGAUCCGCUGGCGCCACGAGGAUGCAGGCGGUGCGCUCUUCCUUCCGGUCCAUGGCCUCACGCCACCGACGCACGUUUUGGGCCCCUGGCUCGGUCAGCCGCUGCGUCCGCUCGCUGUCGUAGCGCACGACCGCCGUCUCUUGCUCCAGAGUCUGCUGUACAUGAAGGGGUUUUCCGAACCCUUGCACGCCGAGCUGGAUGGUUUCUUGACCACCCUUGUCCUGCUCGAGCCGAACGCAGAGCGCUUUUUCACAGUGAGUCUCUAUCUGCGCGUGACGACGCUGGCGUCGGCCAUUGUGAAAUCGGUCAGCUACAUCCUCCGCUCGGCCGAGCACGCGGCGUCGCACCUGACGCACAAUGCGUCACCGCUCAACAUUAUGCGCUACAAGGACACCAACGUCCUGCGCUUUGCGUUGCUCCUCGUGCUCUCGCCACUGGUUGACGCGACGCCGUUGACGUCGGCCUUGGACCGCUUUUUCCCGUCCAAUCUCGAGCUCGGACAGGAAUACCGCAUGCUCGAGGCAGCGGUCCGCGUCGUGCUCGAGAAAGCAUCCCUCGUUGCGACCCCUCAACUGGUGGCCAAAACCGUUGCCCUGUACAACCAAAUCCAGAUGCGCGCACCCGUCCUUCUUGUGGGACCAGCGGGUGCCGGUAAGUCGACGCUACUCAAAGCGUGCCUGCAAGCCCAGCAGCUCAUGCGGUGGACCAUGUGCCCGCAGUCGGACCCGUCGACGCACCUCACCAAGCGCAUCAACCUCGUCGUCUUGGGUAUGAUUGAGCUGGAACACAUGCAGCUGCACUCGCAUCUGCGCCGUCAAGGGUCGACGAAUGCGAUUCUGCACACGUUCUGCCAACGUCCGCCGAUCGUAGCGACUGAGACGAUGAGCUGCGUCUUGUUCGAUGGUCCGCUGCCGCAGCACCCGAGCGCGCUCGAGACCUUGGUGUCGCUUCUCAGCGGUGACCGCCAUCUGUAUUUCCCACCGCCGCUUCCGCCACAGCACCGCGCUGCGAGCUUUGACUGCACCAUACUCGAAACAGCUGCGUUGAGCGAUGCGUCCCCGGCGAUCGUGACGUCAUGCAGCAUCCUCAGCCUCAAUGAUACCGUCGUUCCGUGGACGGCGCUCGUCGACGCGUGGUUUGCACAGCAGGGCAGCGUGCUUCCGCCUGGAUUCGUGGCGCUCGCCAAGCCUAUGGUGCUCCACUGCCUCGGCGCGUGUACGCUGCCUCAAUUGCAGCUGACGACGCCGUCGGUUCCGGUAUCGCAGGUGGUCGCGAAUGUUCUCAAGCUCUUGACUGCCAUGUUUGGCUCGCUUGUGCACGAUGGCGCGUCGAUUUGGCCGCUCUCACCGACCGUGACGGGCCAGCUGGUUUUUUUGCUGGUGCUCUGGGGCACAGGCGCGCACUUGACUAGCGAGCGCCGACGCGACCUUCAAGCGUUUGCCCUCGGUGUUGCCAAUAUGCCACCGAUCGUGGUCGACGCCAAUGGUCUUGUGCACCAGUUUCCGCAGCUGCCGCACGAGACGCAACCAACGUUUUUUGAGAUCGUGUUUAGCGCGCGGGACCAUGCAUUUGGGCUCACGAGCGCGUGCCAGGAGACGACGCUCGCGCUCCAGCGGGUUGCCAGCGCUGUGAUUGUACCGACGGCCCAAAUUCGGUUUGCGUACUGCACCUUUCAAGUGCUUCAGAAAUGGAGCGCCACCAGAUCGAUGCUUUUCCUUGGUGGACGUGGCGUCGGGAAGAGCACCCUUCUCUCGGUUCUGCCGCGCCUCGUUCGCGGCCACAAGACGCGCGUGUGGAGUCGCGCCAGCACCGAGCAUCGCUAUGUGUCGCUUUUGCACCGGAUCUUGCACCAAACGAGCGACGACAAGUACGUCUUUCUCGAUGACGUCAACUGUUACGGUCCGAGUUUGGAGCUCCUUCGGUGUGUGCUGAGCCACAAGCGGCUUUUCGACGCCGUUCGGAGCCAGUGGACGCGGCUUCAGAUCGCGUUCUGCGGGACCAUGUCGCUGGCCCACAAUGCGCCACUGUCACUGGCCGAGCAGCGCUGCCUGCGACCGUAUUUCCUCCUGCGUCUCACGGAUCCUGACGCGACAGAGCUCGCAGCAAUCCAUAGCGCAAUCGUGCAAGAGCGCCUUGGGCGUCCGCUCGCGCCUAGCGAGCACUGGAUCGUCCGAACGACAGUCACCGCGGUGCUGUCGCUGUCGAGCAAGCCCGCGAAUCGCAUUCUUCUCUCGCCGACCAUCACCGCCGACGUGAUACGCAGCACGCUGCGCGGUGAGGUGCCCAACGAAGCACUGACGCACGCUCGCUGGCUUCGCGAGAUGCACAGUGCGAUGUAUAGCGCAUUUGCGUCCGAGACGGAGCGCACCGACUGGCUCCAGCAAUUCAAAGCUGAUAUCCCGUCUCACACGACCCCUCCCGAGUUUGACUCGGAUGCAAGCUUUUUGCCACUGGUACGUACGUUGCCGCUACCGACGGCUGUGCUGGACGCCGCCGAGAGGUCGGCAGAGACAGCCUUUGAUGCUCUCCGCGCGUUCCUGCUGUCGAGCUUGAAGCCCACGGCUGUUGACAUGGAGUGGACCGCGCGGUUGAGUCCGCCGCUCAUAUGGCACUACGUCCAACUCUGCGCCAUACUGGAAGCGCACCGUCAUGUCAUGUGCAUUGGCUCUGGCGAGCUCGUCGCUGCGUACAUGCCCCUACUGCCCCACGUUGUUCGCACGUGCAGCCAGCCGCCGCCCAUCGUCUUGGCAGACUUGACGUCGGACGAAGACGUCGUGGCGCACCUUGCGUCGUUGCUUUUGGCGACCGGUAUCCACGACGAACGACGCAUCUUGUGCGCGACAGAGGCCGACUGGACGCAGUGGCCGCGCGUGGCGCUCUUUGUACACGAUAUUCUCGACGGUAACCACUCGCAGCUGGCGCGGUCCGUGGUCCUUCAGCACGUUGUCGCGACGCCUCUCUCGAGCGCGUCGCAUGUCGACAUCCUCGACGCUUUCAUGCGGCGCGUGCAGCGCCACCUCACACUCGUUCUCUGGGGCUCCUCCGCGUCCAUCGCACCACUACUCACUCAUGCGAGCGCCAACGUCCGCGUCAUAGCCCUUCAGUCGCCGCAUCGACACGAAGCCGACUUGCUAUUGGCGGCCAAAGGGACCAUGACACACCUACGCGACGCGCACCCUGACCUUGGUCUCUCGCUCAGUGACUGCGACCACUUGGCCACGAUCAGUGUCCAAGUGCACGCGAGCGUCGCGUCGCCGACCAAGAGCCUCGGGCAUCUCCUCGAGACCUUUGUGCAUAUCAUGGCGUACAAAGCCUCCAAAAUGGCCGAUGUUCGCAUCGAGUCGGUCACGCAACUCUUGACGUGGCUCGAUACGCUCAAAGCGCAGUGCCACGACGCCACCGAGCGGCUCGAGCAGCUUGAGACGGCGUUUGUCGCAGCCCAAGAUCGGCGCGAGGCCGCGGAAGCGUCUUUGGGCCCGAUGCAAGCCCAGCUGACUGCGUCCAAGGGCUUGAACGAGCGGUUGGCAGAGAAGUUGCGAGCGCUGCAAGAAGCCUUUGGCUCAGACAAGCACGCAAUGGAAGCCAUCGAACGGCAAAUUCGAGCCGAACGCAAGGUUCUCAACAGUCUGCUGCUCCCGGCGUUCACGCUGGCCGACCGGCAAAAACUUGCAGACGAGUGGCGUCACGUCACAGCCUGUCGCCACUUGCUAGCCGCGAUGUGUCGGGUCCAUGGCGUUGACGACCACAACGUGGAGGCGGCCUGUCGCCUUGUGGAGAACCCAAACACGCGCAUGGAACUUCUUGCGAUGCGAUUAUCUGCAGAGAGCGCAACGCAGCCGUUCGGGUUCACGGCAGCAGACAUCCCGACGCUGCACACGUUGCACCCGGCGCUCGCGGUUCUCGGUCGCGCCCUCCUCUAUCAGCGCGACGCGGCGAGUGCUGAUGCACAGGUGACGCGCCUCUCGGGUGCCAACGCGCGCCGCACGAGCGACAUCGAGCAGGUGCGCACCGAGCUCAAGGAGCUUCACGCGUCCAUGGCAUUGCUCGAAGCCUCGAUACUUCGCACGGGAAAUGGCGUCGCCUCGGACACGCAGGCGCUUGGAGAGCUGGCGACGGCCAUGGAAGCUACCGAGGCAAAUGUGGACAAUCUCGCGCCGCUUUUGAGCUACCUCGACCGUCUCCAAGCUCUUAUCCGAAGCACGUACUUUGCGCAGCGCUACGCGACGCACUUGACGUCUGAGGGCGCCGCACUCUUCACUUCGGCUAUGGUCGCGUACCUCGGUCCGCUCGAUACGGCGGAGCGAGCGCGCUUGAUACAGUCGUGGUCCCUUGUCUUCACAAGCAACAACUAUGUCCUCCCACUGGAGCUCGGUAUUGUGCAGGACAGCGCCGUCGCGCUCUACUCGACCCUCGAGGCAAGCAUCUGCGUCCCAAACAUGGACAAGCGGCUUCAGCAUGGCCUCGCGAUCGCCGACUGGUCACAGACGUGUCCGCUUCUCGUCGACCCGAACGGCGCAGCCGAAAGCUACAUGGUGGCCUUCUUCCAGCGCAUGACGAGCGCGACGCCGGCCGUGACGUACUCUGUCUACUCGACGAGCGACGCCAAUCUGCUGCAGUGCCUCGACGUCGCACGCAAGGCGUCCAAGGUCGUCUUGCUCACGCAUUACUCAACGAACGUGUCGGACGCGCGCUUCCGGCAGUUGCUCCCGUACCUCCGCGUGACGCGUCGCCCGCUCCUGGACGCGGCGCGCGGCCUCCCGCUCUUGUCACACAGCGGCUCGACCAAGCUGCUGCAGCCGACAACCGCACCAAGCCGGCGUGCGCGGUCGUCCUCGAUGCCCGACCUCCGUUUUGUCGGUACGUUCCAGGUGUACGUCAUUCUGAGUCCGCUGGACAACGUCGCCGACCUCUCGCAGCUCCAAAAGGCGCACUUCAAUCUCAUCGAUUUCCAAGUCCCUCGGAAGGAACUAGAGAGGCGAAAACGCCGAACCCUCCACGCUCUCCUGGCCCCCAACGACGUCAAAGCCAACGACGACCAGGCGACGCUUGCACUCAAGGCCCAGGCGCAGCUGCGCAAGAUGCAGGACGACGCGGUCGCUAAGCUCCUCGAAGGCGUCUCAACCCUCGACUCGGACGCCCUCCUAAAGCUCCUCACGCACCUCGAACAGAAAGACCGUGUUUUGCGGUCGCGGGUCAGCCGACUCCAGACUUCGAUCGCGCCACCCGAUGCGUUAACCAACGCAGCGCGCACACUGGCGUCGCUUCAGGAGGCGCUCCAGACACUCGCACCCCUGGACUCGCUGGCCAUGCCGCGAGGCAAGUACAUGCAAGUGCUUCUCGAAAAGAUGCUGCAUCGUGUGCUCCGCGUGUCGUCCAGCGACAUGGAGUCGGUUCUCCUCGAUGUGCUCGCCCGCGUCCUGGCGCAUGUCGCCCGGCGCGUCGCGAGCGAGCACCUGGAUGCACUCUAUACGCUGAUUGCACUGCUGCAGAGCGUCGAGACACCCACCGAGGUCCUGCGCUGGGUGCGGUUCCUCGCGUCGCCCGCGGCUCAUGUCGCGCAGGCGGAGAAGGCGGUCGUGACCCAGUAUUGCCGACGCGCCUCUGACAUGCGAGGACCGAACGCCUCGAUGGGGCAUGUGCACCGCCUUCGGCGCCUCCGCAGCACGAUCGCUGUGCCCGACCAUGCAACGCACGACGAUUCGCGCAGUCUCCACGGCCUCUCGCUGCCGCAGCUGCUGCCUGCCGCGCUGCCGCCACCGCACGCUCUAAUCUCAUCUGGCUUUCUAUCGCAAGAGAUGUACGAGGGCCUCGCGUUUCUAGAGGCCCAUAUGCACGAGCUACGGGGCCUGAGCGAUGCCAUUCAAGCCGACCCGACGCCAUGGCGGCAGAGUCUGGUGAGCGCUCUCGAAAGCGAGCACAGCGUUCUUCUGUGGCCAGCACCGUGGACUUCGCGCUUGGCGCCGCCCCUUGUGUCGCUUUUGUGCACCAAAUGCCUUUGCCCCGAGCUCGUUUCGAUUGCAUUGACGAGGCUCAAAGCCACCGCGCUCAAGGCCCUUCUUCCCGGUGGCAUUUCGCUCCACGAAACCAUUUGCACGCCGUAUGUGGUCCUUGUUGCGCCCAACGACGCGCCGCUGCCCCAGCACGUGCACGAGCUCGAUCUAAACUUGGCGUCACGGAUCAUCUUUCAACCGCGCACCGCCGCCGCGACGCUCGCCGCGGCCCUCGCCAGCGACACGAGCCUUGUCGUGCAGAUCAGUUGUGCGGACGACGCCGACGCACUCCUGGAGAUCCUGAAAGCACACACGCUACUGCACCCUGUCUUCAUCCUCGUCGACGCGCUGCUCUUGCCAGAGCUACCACGCGCUCUUCUGUAUCAAUCGCAGAUCGUGCGGCUGCCCAUCACGCCUAUGGUGGCGGCGGACGCGCCGAGCCCUCGGCUGAUAGUGCACGAAUCGCACUUGCACCACUCGGCGGCCGAGACACUUGCCCGCAAGAUGCCGCGGCUCCAUGCAUGCGCCGUCGAGAAGAGCGAGGCGAUGGCCGUUGGGUGGACGCAGUUUGUUGCCCGCGACUACCACCUCGAGGAAGCCGUCGCCACCUUGCAGCAGCUCUGUGAGGCAAGUGCCAACGACGCGGAUGCCGUGGCCUCGGCGAUCCAAGGUGGCGUGUACGGCGCCGAUAUGAUUCCGCGUGAUAUGGCGGCCGCCACAUUCCUUCUCACGGAGCCCGUGCCACGUCCACGAGAUGUCAGCUUGUACUUGCGCAACGCCACGCACGCGCGUCACUCGCUGCGCUCCCAGAAGCACCUGCGUCGACUUACGGCGCCGCUCGAGCACGCGCCUUCGUCGUCGCUGGAAAUGGUCAAGGCGAUGCUGACGACCUAUUUGCGACGAUUCCAAGAGAUCGCCAUGCCAACGCGGUCGACCAAACCCGUCGUUGGGCACCGCGGCGUCGGGAUGGCCGCCCUCGACGCGGUGUUUCACCGCCUCAAAGCCGACAGCUCGGCCUUCUACCACCUCCUCUUGACGUUCCUCUCGGGCGUGAACGAGUCGGCGCUGCCGUACCUCGACCUCCAUGUGCUGCCGCCGUCGUGGCUUGGGCUCCCCGAGACGACGCACCUCUUGCCCGUGCGCCUCCAUGCGCUUGUCGCGCAGCUCGACCGGCGCUGCGACUACCUGCACUUUCUUGGUCACCCGUCGGCGCAAUCGGUCGACGUGGGCUUGACGCUGCACCUGCGUGACGUCCUCGGCCACAUUCGGCUCGUGUACUCCGAUGCGCUCGGCUGCUGCGUGACGGCGCUUCGCCUCGCCUUGCGCGCGAGCUGCUCAAAGGACGAGAGCGUCGGCGGCGUCGCGCAAGACGCUGCGCAACAUCCGUGCGGCCUCGUGGUUGACAGCCUCUGGCUCUUCUACGGCUCGGCGUUCGCCAAGGUCCCAACGGCCCGCCUCGUCUGGGAGCAAAACCCGAGCGAGAGCCAAAGUCGCGAGCUUUCGCUUGCGUUCUAUGGGCUGUGGCUCCUCCGGCACGUCGGCGAGGCCCCGUGGGGCGACCCUCGCGUCUUUACGUGUAUACAAGAGAGCGUGGGCGUGGCGCCGAGCGACUGCAACGCGCUCUUUGGAGACGACGUGGGCGUGGAUAUGGUCGUCGAGUAUGGCACGCUGCUGGCGCCAGCGCUGCCCGAGCUCCCGGACGUGGUCACGCUGCUGCAGCCAAGUCGACAAUAGUACGCAUAGCAAUAUAUUGGGUCGCGGGUUAGCGGCAAUUAUGUGGAUGCGUUUACCGGCCGU